AGGGCACCGAUGUUACUUCCCUCAUCAAAGCUCUAUUGUAACAACUCUUUAUUCUCAUAAGUGUUGCUUGGUAGGUACACUAACAAUGGCCUCAAGCCAGGGUUGGACACCGAAGCAGAACAAAAGAUUUGAGAAUGCCCUUGCCAUCUUCGACGAGGACACCCCAGAUAGGUGGCACAACCUGGCCAGAGCCGUCGGAGGAAAAACUGUCGAAGACGUCAAAAGACAUUAUCAGAAGCUCGUCGAAGAUGUCAAGCAGAUCGAGGAAGGCCACGUGCCCCUUCCCAAUUACCGAACUGUUUCAACCAUGGCAAGCAGCAUCAGAGGUUACGGUUACAUCAAUGAAGAAAACAGGAUGAAGGGUCUGAGUCUGCAGUGAGGUUGAUUUAGCAGUAAUAUGGUGGAUGCUUGGAUUAGUACUAUGAAAUAUUUUAUUUGCUUUUUAUUUCUUUCCAUAUAUAUGCGAAGCAUCAGUGCUUUGUGUUUCUGUUUCUGUUUCCAUAAAUGUAAAGAUCAAAGUGUCCAAAGAGGGGCCAACCGCUCAAUAGUAAAACAUAUAUAAAGCCUUUGAAUAU